UAACUUUUCAUUUCCCUCUUCAGUAUUCUCUCCCCUUCUCUGUCUCUCUCGUCAAUAUGAGUGUGUGCAACUGUGCAAGGGCUCUCAAGAAAGAAAAUUGCCUUGGGAGAAAAAAGACAGCCAUUGAACAGCUACUUGAAAUAGAUGGCGCUAUAGAUUUCUUUUUGAUGACUGCCUCCAUGAAUGUCAAUUGGGAAGGCAGCUCCACAGAUAUUGAAAGGCACAAACUAACUGUAAUUGCAGCAGCCGUAAACCGGCAGUUUGAAAUGAAACUUGAUUGCUUCGACGUAAGAUUAACGUGGGCCAAACUCCGGAACCGCUGGGAAACCUGGGUCCGUGCGACCCAUUAUGUGCCUCCCAAAAAGGUUAAUCCUACCACUGGAGAAAUCAAUAUUGAUGACUUCGCCUGGGAUCAAUUAGUGAGGGUAGUUCCGGGCGCGGAAAUUUUUCGAAGGAAAAAAAUGAUUUCGCCAAACAUGGUUUGCACGGUUUUUAACCGUACUCCACCGUCGCUAGCGCCCGAAGAGUUACCAUCAAGGGUUCGCCUGAAUAUGUCAUUAGCAUCUAAAAUGAGGGGAAAAUCUACCGAAGAGGAAGAAUUGAAUGCUUGUAUGGACGAGGUCUACAAAAUUGACAAAUUGAAGAUUUCUGAGAAUUAUGUUUAUUUUUGUUUUGCACUUUUUAGAGAAGGUGAAUUCCGGCGUUGUUUUAAUUUACUUCCCAACAAAACUUUGAAGUAUGAAUAUAUUGUUCUGCAAUAUAAUCUGAAUUUUGAACUAAGCAACUACUUUGUCUGUCAUUUUGUUGGCGGGCAACAUCCAAAAAGGACUGCUGACCAUUUGCUCACCAUCAAACAAGGAGAGAAGGAACCUUUGAGGUCUUACAUAACACGCUUCACCCGAGGAAUGCUAGAGGUAGAAGAAGCAGACGAUAAGGUGCAGCUCACGACCUUCAAGGCUGGAUUGAAGUCCAGAGAUUUUGUGGCUUCCUUGGCUAAAAAUCCCCCCAAGACGAUGGUAGAGGCAUUGUUGAAAGCACAAAAGUAUAUGAACGCUGAAGAAGCUCUGGCAGCCAUAGAUGGAGCAGAAAAAACCAAGGAAAAGGAGGAUGAUUGA